CACCCAAGGUCGUGCAUGCCCCGCACAUUCUUCUAGAAAAACCAUGGCCGCGAACUAUCCGGUAGUCGUCUUGCUAGACAUACACUCGUGGUGGGCAUCGGCUACUGCACCUGGGAAUUGUAACACCCGAUGGACUUCCUCUCUCUCGUGUCCAUAGGCUUCCGACGCUAAAUCCACCAUCGCGACUACAAGUACGGGGACUACUGCACCGCGCCGAAGUGAGAUCCCUUUUCUGGAUGCUUGCGUCUGCAUGCGUCAUCACUUGAUGCUGGGGUUGUUGGACGUAAUCAUAACAUUCGUCGGUUGCUCCACAUAAUCUUUCGCCAUGGCCUCCCAAAAUACCUCGAAGAAGCCUUUCAACCUCGCCAUAGUUGGCGGUGGCAUAGCAGGCCUCACGCUGGCAAUCACUCUCCUCCAGUAUGACAUCGACCUCACCAUCUACGAAGCAGCUCCACAUUUCGGCGAAAUAGGCGCCGGCGUUGCCUUUGGACCAAACGCCGGACGAGCAAUGGAGCUCAUGUCGCCCAAGAUCCUCGACGCCUUCAACACGUGCAAAACAGGCAACGGCACAGACAGCCACAACUCGAGCUGGUUUACAAUCCGCGUGGGCGAUGCGCGGAAAGCGGAUAAAGACGGCUUCGUCAAGCCAGGCAAGAAAGUGGGCGAUGCGCUGUUCGAGGUGCCAUUCACCAAGGGCGGUACUCGGGGAGGAGUCUACAGGGCGACUUUCUUGGACGAGCUGGUCAAGCAUGUGCCGGAUCAUGUGGCGAAGUUUGGAAAGAGACUGGAUGAUUUGAGUGAGGCGAAGGACGACUCGGGCGAUCUGGUGCUGCAUUUCACAGAUGGGACGACGGCGCAACAUAGCGCUGUUAUUGGUUGCGAUGGAAUCAAAUCGAAGACUCGGCCGUGGCUUAUUGGGAAAGACGAUUCUGCUUCGCAGGCUUUCUUCUCUGGCAAAUACGCGUAUCGAGGGCUGAUCCCAAUGGACCAGGCGGUCGAGUUGCUGGGCGAAGAGGUCGCGCAGAACAGCCAAAUGUUCCUUGGCUACCAUGGCCAUCUACUGACUUUCCCUGUCCAAAAGGGCAAGACAAUGAACGUCGUUGCCUUCAGCUCCCGCAAAACAUGGGACGACGAGAAAUGGGUGGUAUCCACCUCGAAAGAAGAAAUGGAAGCCGACUUUGCGGAAUGGGGCACUCAUGUCCAGAAAAUCGUCGGCGCCAUGGAGAAGCCCGAUAUCUGGGCGUUGUUCAUGCACCCCCCAUGCAAAACCUACUACAAGGGCCGCCUGUGCCUCCUCGGCGAUGCUGCACACGCUACGACUCCACAUCAGGGCGCCGGUGCUGGCAUGUGCAUUGAAGACUCGUACAUCCUUGCCAAUUUGAUCAAGGAGGUGAACGGCGUUGAGGAUCUGGAACGCGCAUUCCACGCAUACGAUCACGUCCGCCGCGAACGAACCCAGAAAAACGUUACGACUAGUCAGCAGGCUGGCAUGCUCUACGACUUCGAGCUUCACGGGGAUGACUUGGACAAGAUCGAGGAGUCAUUUUUGAGCCGGAUGGGCUGGAUCUGGGAUCUCGAUUUGGAGGCACAGCUAGAGGAGGCGAGGAAGAUUAUGCACAAUGAGAGCGCGAAGACAUAAGUUCGAUUAGACGUUCUGAUAGUUAGUGCGAGUGAAGACCGAAACCCCCAUAUCCGAUGGAGACUGAGCGCUCAAUCAAUGACAUCAUCCCUCAACGCGAAG